GGAACUGCGGCUGCAGGAGGAGAGCGUGCGGCUGCAUCAGAUCAACAUCUACCUUAGCGACCGCAUCUCGCUGCACCGCCGCCUGCCGGAGCGCUGGAACCCGCUGUGCAAAGAAAAGAAAUACGAUUAUGAUCAAUUGCCCACGACAUCGAUUAUCAUAGCAUUUUAUAAUGAAGCCUGGUCAACUCUCCUUUGGACAGUUUACAGUGUCCUCGAGACGUCCCCAGACAUCCUGCUAGAAGAAGUUAUCCUGGUAGAUGACUACAGUGAUAGAGAGCACCUGAAGGAACGCCUGGAAAAUGAGCUGUCAAAGCUGCCCAAGGUGCGCCUGAUCCGCGCCAACAAGAGGGAGGGCCUGGUGCGAGCCCGGCUGCUGGGGGCUUCCGCGGCAAAGGGCCAAGUGCUGACCUUCCUGGACUGCCACUGUGAGUGCCACGAGGGGUGGCUGGAGCCACUGCUGCAGAGGAUCCAGGAAGAGGAGUCGGCAGUGGUGUGCCCUGUGAUUGAUGUGAUUGACUGGAACACCUUCGAGUACCUGGGGAACUCGGGAGAACCCCAGAUCGGCGGUUUCGACUGGAGGCUGGUGUUCACGUGGCACGUGGUUCCUGAGAGGGAGAGGAUGCGGAUGCGGUCCCCUGUCGAUGUCAUCAGGUCUCCAACAAUGGCUGGUGGGCUGUUUGCUAUCUGGCAGUGCGGCGGGAUCCUGGAGACACACCCGUGUUCUCACGUGGGCCACGUUUUCCCCAAGCAAGCUCCCUACUCCCGCAAAAAGGCCCUGGCCAACAGUGUCCGUGCAGCUGAAGUGUGGAUGGAUGAAUUCAAAGAGCUCUACUACCACCGCAAUCCCCACGCCCGCUUGGAGCCCUUUGGGGACGUGACAGAGAGGAAGCAGCUUCGCGCCAAGCUUCAGUGUAAGGACUUCAAGUGGUUCCUGGAGACCGUGUAUCCAGAACUGCACGUGCCUGAGGACAGGCCUGGCUUCUUCGGGAUGCUGCAGAACAAAGGACUGAAAGAUUACUGCUUUGACUAUAACCCUCCCAGCGAACACGGCCUCACGGGACACCAGGUCCUCCUGUACCUCUGCCACGGGAUGGGCCAGAACCAGUUUUUCGAGCACACGUCCCAAAAUGAAAUUCGCUAUAACACCCACCAGCCAGAGGCCUGCAUCGCUGUGGAGGCAGGAACAGAUAUCCUCAUCAUGCACCUCUGCCAGGACACGGCCCCGGAGAACCAGAAGUUCAUCCUGCAAGAGGACGGUUCUUUAUUUCACAUACAGUCCAAGAAAUGUGUUCAGGCUGAGAAGAAGGCACUCAGCAACAGUUUCGUACCACUCUUACGAGACUGCACCAACUCGGAACAUCAGAAAUGGUUCUUUAAAGAACGCAUGUCAUAAAGUGUCGCUGCACCACGAAGACCACAUGGGAGAGGGGGCCCUGGACGUAGCCCAGAAGACUUCGUCUUGUGCAGUGACAGGCCCACCCAAAACUUGGCUGCUCUUUUUUUAUAAGGAAAUCACUGUGCAAUUUGUGAAAGCGAUGUGGUAAGAAUGUGAAUAAGCUUUGUACUGUUUUUUAAAAACUUUAAAAUUGUUCCCAAAUACCUGAUUUUCAAAGGGUAAUCAUAAAAUGUUAAUUCUUGGUAGUCAGAGAAUUAAAAGCCUUCAAAUAUUUUUCUAUCAAGAUCGGUUGUGCCUUUUUAUUCCCUUGGCAAAAAAAGUAAAUGUUUUACUCUGGUAUUUACAAGGAUUUCCAGGUAUGAAGAUGUGUGCACGUGUUGAAGUUAGACUCAUGUAAUGUACUUUGCAUAAACUGAUAAUACUUCAGAUGUUGGUUUCGAUUUUUCUCACUGUGGACAGAUGGACAGUGGUAACAUUCUGCUGAUUCCUUCAGGGCAUUGAGAUAACAUAGAUUUAUUUAAUAAAGAAUGCUACUUGGUUAUGUAUUGUUGCCAUAGACAAACCUCCAGUUAAAAUUUAUGUUAGCCAAAGAAGACUAACCAAAGCUGAAAUCUCAAAGGAAUAACUUGAUAUCUCGGGCUAAUAAAAACUUCCACCACACGGGGUGGACUUCCAACAAUGCA